AUGUGCCGGCUGUUGUUGCAGGCGGUGGCCGUGUGCCAGCUGAGGCCUGGCCCGCCCCCAGGGAGCGCUCCGACCCCGCCGCCGCCGCCCGCGCUGCCGCGCCUUCUGGCAGCCUUCGCCGGCACGGCCCCCGCCGCCGCUUCAGAGGAAGACGCCACUGCUGCGUCUGCCACCGGCGCGACCACCGUCUCCACAGCCACAGCCAGUCAGGCUGCUAGCAGCAGUGUUUCUGAGGUCGCAGCGGUACCCACAGCGGCCCCUGAGCCGGCUGCUACCACCACUUCCACCCCUGCAGCUACUCCAGCCACCAGUGGGGCACCCAGCAGCAGCAGCAGCACCACAACCACAACCAUCACUACCACUACCACCACCAAUGCUGCCACCACUCCCCCACCGCCGCCUAUCACCUUCUCUGACGGCAACCCUGCCAUUGAGGAAGAAUCGAGUGGUAGCCCUACAGCACUAGAAGGGUCCAGUGGAAGCUCUGCGGCCCUGGAAGGGCUCAGCACCGCCGAGCCACGCCCCCCUCUGCCGCCUCCCAGACCACCGCACCGCAUCCCGUCGCGUCUCGAGGAGAAGCUGGAGUCACUCUCCUGUGACAUUCCUCCACUGCCCUCGGAGUCGCGCCUGUGGAGGGGCAACGAGACUCACGAACUCCUGCUGCCCAUCAUUGUGACGCCAGACUGCGAGGGCGAGGAGGCGGAGGAGGGCGGCGACUGCGCGCCCGUCUCCGUCAGCUGGGAGGGCGGCGCCGAGCUGCAGAGCGGCGACGUGCUGCUGGUGCGCAUCGACGAUACCAGGCUGGUGGCCGGCCGUCAGGCCAGCGCCCGGACCCGGCCGGGGCACCUGCCCGGAGACCGCUACGGCCCGCCGCAGGACGACAGGCGGCGCCAGCCCGAGACGGCCGUGUACCAGGUCACCCGGCCGGGACACGACCACUGUGACGUCACGGAGGGCGUGCUGCUCGACAUCACGCCGCUCAUCGUGGACGGCCGCAAGGUCGUGACGCUGUACGACAAGGACCUCACCGAGGGCAUCAAUCUGCUCAUCGUGGUUUCGGAGCGCUGGGGCGGCCAGUGCGUGCGGCUGAGGGUGCUCGUUAAGUCCGACAACUGCGGCGAGAACCAGGACUGCUCAGCCAAGGGCGUCUGCUUCUCCAACAUCUCCAUGGAGGGCUACGAGUGCCAGUGCUGCCCCGGCUUCGUGGGCCCGCACUGCGAGGAGCGCGACGCCUGCUACCCCAGCCCGUGCCGCAACAACGGCAUUUGCGUCGACCUGUCGCAGGGCCAGGGCGGUAACAGCUUCCAGUGCCUCUGUCCAUACGGCUUCACCGGCAAGACGUGCGAGUCGGAGGCGGACCCGUGCGGCUCUGCGCCGUGCCAGAACGGCGCCACGUGCGUGCGCAACGCGACGCACUUCCGGUGCGUGUGCCCCACGGGCUUCGCCGGAGAGGUGUGCCAGCAGCCGCUCAACCAGUGCGAGUCGUCGCCCUGCAAGCACGGCAUCUGCGUGGAGCAGGAGGACGGGUACCGCUGCUUCUGCCGGCCAGGUUUCACGGGCAUGAACUGCGAGUACGAGUACAACGAGUGCGAGUCUUCGCCGUGCAUGAACGGCGGCACCUGCACGGACCAGGUGGGCCGCUUCUCGUGCGCCUGCGGCCGCGGCUACACCGGCAACAGGUGCCAGGUCAAGGUUGACCUGUGUGACCCGAACCCCUGCCACGACCACCACUACUGCGUCGACCGUGGCAACAAUUACACCUGCGAGUGUCCCAAAGGCUUCUCCGGACCCGACUGCCUCAUCCCGUCACGAGCGGCGUGCAGCGUGAACCCGUGCCGCCACGGCGGCACCUGCUGGAGCAGCGUCGACUCCUUCUACUGCGCCUGCCGGCCGGGCUACACGGGGAAGACCUGCCAAGAGGAGUUCGUGCUGGAGGCGAUGCCGAGCGCCAUGCCGCGGGCGACUGGCCGCGACGGCCAGCUGGACCUGCAGAUGCCCAUCUCCAUCCACCUGGACCACCUGCACAACGUCUACAUCGCCGCAGGGACGCUCGCCUGCGCCGUCGUCAUCGUCGUGCUCACGGUAGCGGCGUGCCACUGCCGAGUGCACGAGACGUACAAGCGGUGCUUCCUGAACGCGUCGCCGCUGCUGCCCUGCAAGCUCUCCAGGCUGGACGACCCAAAGUCCCCCAGUUCUUCAAGGGAGCGUGACCGCGACCGAGAGCGCGAGAGGGGGAAGGCGGGGCCCGCGGGGGGCGGCGGCCGCUUCCCCGCGCUCGACACCGGCGAGAUGUACUACACGCUCGACUUCAGCGACAGCCAGAGCUCGCCGCUCAUCCAGUAGAGUAUUGGGCCAAAGGCGUUCUGGCUCAGCUGGGCCCACGCGCGCGCGCACACUGGAAGCCAGCCUCAGCAGCAGCCGUAUGUUUACGUUUGCAUAGUGCUACUCGCAGCAGCGCAUGUGUUCCCGAGGAAUCGACAUACACACGCAGGACGGAGAACAAAAUACUAACAUUCUGUUACUUUUACUGGCAAUCGCAAACUGCCUCCUGUAACGUCAACACGCCCUCAAAUUUCACUGUACCAAAACAAUAUUUUCUGUUUCUUUUCAGAUACCAAUCAGCACUUGUUACACUUUGUCGUGAAUAAUGAGUAGCAUUAAGUCACUUGGACUCCGCCUUACAAAGUCAGCAGUACUCUUUGUGAGACAAUACUCUCGCUAUCGGUUUGUCACCACUCGGCUUCUGUCUCUAGAAUAUUAAAAACUGUAACACAGUAUCUGCAGCAUUUAUAAAGUAAAACAUAACACAUAGGACUAAGGGUUCUUGUCCAUCAUUAAAAUAGUCUACUUAUGCCCCUGUCAGUCCCAUUUCAAAAGUCAAUAUACUAAGAAAAUAAGGUCAGAAAGAACGAAAUAAAAACUAAAGUUGGUCCUUUAUCCAUAUUACAGGAGACUCUCACAACAGAUAGCAAAAUUUUUUUAAUCUCACAGAAUUGGAGUAGUGUAGCCAGCUAAUAAUUUUGUGAGCUCUAAAUGUCAAUAUAAAA